AUGGGCGAAGUUUCUAGAAGAUCGCAAGUUAUACUUAUAAAUGAAAUAAUUAGGUAUCAUGUUUCAAGACCAAUCCCAUCAAUCGGGGAUAUUGCACUGGACAAAUCGCAAGAUGAAGAAACACAUACAUCUGUCCAUUCCUCGCUACAAACACAAGGCUACUCUUUAGGGGCAAAAAUAAUAUCAAGACUAACACUAUCCAAAGGUCGUAUCUGGGAAUCUAAUAAAUGUAUGGUAUUCAUUUGCAGAGAUUUGUGGAUUUAUCUAUUUGGGAAGCAGGCGACUAGACUACAGUCUAAUAGUCAGGGUGUGUAUAUUGUCUUUUCGGAUGACAUCUACUGGCUAGAGAACGUCAAUUUUAAUCCAUCAAAGGAUGUAGAUAAUCCAAAGUAUCAGAAUACAUCUGUUAACGUAUACAGAACUCUCUAUCUCUCGCUAAUAUCUGGUAUUAUAAAGGGGUCGUUGGAAUCCUUAGGUUUUCCGUCUACGGUUGAUGCGGUUUUUGACGAACAUUGUUAG